AGAGCGACCUCCGCUGUUGGUGCGGUAGUGCGCCUGCGCAGAGUCCGUCCUGCGGAAGCUGAGCUGUCGGUGUUGUAGUGGAGCGGGACGGCGCAGUGGACAUGGCGGCCACAACUCCUCCUCCCAAGGUGAUAUUUGAACACGAAGGAGUUUUUAUCCACUCAAACACAGAAGAACUGGAAGAUCAGGAUUCACUAAUUUCAGGGUUCCUGCGGAUUGUUGAUAAGGAUGGAGACAUUGUUGUGGAAUAUAAACCUUUGGAGGAUACAGUGGAUCCCUCAAAUAUGCUCUGUGCCUGCAAGGACUCCAGCUCAGUGGUGGAGUGGACACAGCGGCCCCAUCGUUCUGUGGACCAGCAGCAGAGCUAUGAGACUGAAUGGGACAUGGUGAACACUGUAUCUUUCAAGAGGAAAGUCCACACUAAUGGCGAAGGUGGCUCAAACCACUUGCAUGAUCGGAACAAGCGGUCCUUCUCUUUUAGUGUAGCUGAUCUCAGGUCUGUCACAGUCAAAUGUGAAGGCUGGUCAUACCUGAUUUUCUGCUUGAGAGAUGACACAACGUUGCCAGCCAUUCACUUUCAUCAGGGAGGCAGCGAAGCAUUCCUGGAUAGCUUGAGGAAAUCAGUGCAACUCAGCGAGAGUCCUGAUGAUGAAAACCUUCUUCUUGUUGGCGCCUAUAGCAAAGCCUUUUCACAGUCCUUUGAGAAUCUUCUAGAUGACACAAACUAUGGCCUUGUUCAGAAGUUCAAGAAGGAUCCUUACACAACCACUUUGGGUGGUUUCUCCAAAGUCACAAACUACUUCUUUGAUGCAUUUCGGCCUUCUGAGUCUGAGUGCCAGCAGCGUCCCCCUGAGGAAAUGGCAGACAUUUUAGGAGAGUUGAUCCCUGGGCUGGAGAUCAACCAACAGGAGGAGCCUGGCUUUGAGGUCAUCACCAGAAUCGACUUGGGUACAAGGCCAGAAGUACAAAGGAGAGAACCAGUAAUGUUGGAAAACUGGGCAAAGCACCAGGACUCUGAGGGAAGAAUGUCCAAUGUGCCUCACUUAAAGCACCUCAUUUUCAAAGGGGGUCUGUGCCAUGCUCUAAGAAAAGAAGCUUGGAAGUUUUUACUGGGCUAUUAUCCCUGGGACAGCACCCAUGAAGAGAGGAAAAACCUGCAAAAAAGGAAAAUAGAUGAGUACUUCAGAAUGAAGCUGCAGUGGAAGUCAGUCAGUGAAGAGCAGGAGAAGCGGAACUCAAGGUUACGGGAUUAUAAGAGCCUUAUCGAAAAAGAUGUCAACAGAACUGACCGCACCAACAAGUUCUACGAGGGUCUAGACAACCCUGGCCUGAUUUUACUGCAUGACAUCUUAAUGACAUACUGCAUGUAUGACUUUGAUUUGGGCUACGUGCAGGGCAUGAGUGAUCUGCUUUCUCCUAUCCUCUACGUAAUGGAGAACGAGGUGGAUGCUUUCUGGUGCUUUGUCUCCUUCAUGGAUCAGAUGCAUGAGAACUUUGAGGAGCAGAUGCAAGGAAUGAAGACCCAGCUGAUCCAGCUGAGCACGCUGCUACGGCUGCUAGACUUAGCCUUCUGGAACUAUCUGGAGGCUCAGGAUUCAGGGUACCUGUAUUUCUGUUUCCGGUGGUUACUGAUCCGCUUCAAGAGGGAACUCCACUUUCAGGAUGUGCUUCGCCUCUGGGAGGUGAUGUGGACAGGACUGCCUUGCCAAAACUUUCACCUUUUGGUAUGCUGUGCCAUUUUGGAUUCAGAAAAACAGAAAAUAAUGGAUAGGCAUUAUGGAUUCAAUGAAAUCCUAAAGCAUAUAAACGAACUCUCCAUGAAACUGGACAUUGAAGAAAUCCUUAUCAAAUCAGAGGCUAUAUAUAUGCAGAUAAAGAAUUGUAAGGACUUGCCCCAUUCAGUAAGUGAAAUUCUGGGCCUGCAUGCAGUCACAGACAGAUCUACUUUAGAAACCAGUGAGUAUGGAGUGCUUGAAUCACCUCAGUCCUCACCAAGACCUGCACACAGACAAGACCAGGCCUUUUCCAAUGGUCAUGGACUCUUACAAGAAACGUCACGCAACAGAUGUAAAGUCGCCUUCAUAUCAUAGUGCACAGCCUGACAUGUAUAUUACAGAUUUUUUUCUUAGUAUCUGUAUACCAGGAAGAUGAACAGUAUUGGGUAUCAUGUAGAUAUUUGCUACCAAAUGUCACAUUAUAAAGCAUCACAGAUGCUUUACAUGAGAAAAGAAUAUGUAUGAAUGUAAAACUAGGAUCUAAAGUGAUCCUAAAGCUAUUAUUUUUGUAAUUUUCUUGUACCAUAUUGUCUUUAAAAUAAUCAUUCCUUCUCAUUGCAUUGUUGAGUUUUCAAGAUGGAGUUUCCAUUAUUGAUUUUAAGUGCUAAUUUACUUUCUCCCCUAAUUACUCUUUUCUGAAUCAUGCACAAAUUGAUCUAAUUAAAACAUGUUCUCCUCAUGUGGUGUGUGGGUAUGGAUCUUGAAUUUUGGAUCUUAUGUGGCUGGGAACUGGAAGAUUAAUGGUUUAGACAGAAGAAACACGAUAGAAUCUUCAUUCUGAAGUGGUGCCUUCCCACCAUGCUAUUUACAGCUCAUGUCACUGAUGUGUUAACCUCUUUAUUAAAAAUUUCAGAUGAGCCA